CUUUGAACUCCAUGGAAGAGGAAGAUUAAAGUUAGGUUAUAAAAUCUGGGAGUUGGGGAACGAACGCUAAUGUACCCAAAAAGCUCGAUUAGUGAAUAGUGAAACGUUAGAAAGCGGAGAAGUGAUACAUAAAAAUGUGUAUUUUGUUUAUAAAUGUGGACCCGAAUCCUGAAAAGGGUGGUUUUAGGUUAGUAGUGGCCACAAAUAGAGAUGAAUAUUAUAAAAGGCCAGCAAUGUCAGCUCUUAUCGAUAAAAAUGGAAUUAUCGGAGGUAAAGAUAUGGAACCAGGUCGAGAAGGUGGGACUUGGCUGUCUUUACGAACGAAAGAUCAGGAUAACGGAAAAGCCAAAAUUACUUAUUUGGGUGUGCUUUUAAAUAUAACUGGAGCGAAAGUUGAUAAUGCCAGCGGUCGGGGUACCAUAAUUACAGAUUAUUUGAUGACCAAGAAAAACUUCCUUGAAUACACCGAAUUGUUAGAUCAAACUUUAUAUAAUGGCUACAACUUUGUUACGGUUGAAUUAAGCAAAGAAGACGAGACUAUUUACCACCACAGUAAUUUUCCCAGAGUUAACUCAAGUUACAUCGGCAAGCAGACUCUAGGAUUUGGCAAUUCUCCAAUAUUCACCCCUUUAACUAAAGUUACGAAAGGAAGACAAAUGUUCGAAGAUAUUUUACAAAAGAACCUACCAGUAGAUGAGCUAGAAAAAGAGUUACUAAAAUUGCUGAAAAACGAAACAAGGCAUCUACCAGACGAUGAAUUGGAAAGAAGACAACCUUUAGCCUUCGAAGAAUUGAGUUCUAUCUUUAUUCGGCUAGAAGCUGCAGGUUAUGGAACAAGAACCCACACUAUAAUACUAGUAGAUUAUGACUGGAAUCUGUCGUUUAUAGAAUACACUAUGGAAGAACCCAUAGAUCUCCAUAACCUUAAGUGGAAGGAAACAAGGCUUAAUUUAAAACUGUGAUAUCAUAAUAAAUGUGUUCUGUCAAUUGCUAUUAUUAUCUGUUUUCUAUUGUUAAUAAAAAUAUGUUUUUUUAUAUUUUAAGGAAUAGAUUAUGUUUUAAAGAA